AUGGUACGAAUGAGCGUUUUAGCUGACUGUUUAAAAACCAUAAACAAUGCCGAGAAAAGAGGAAGACGACAAGUUUUAAUAAGACCUUCCUCAAAAGUUGUAAUUAAAUUUUUACAAUAUAUGCAAAAGAAAGGAUAUAUAGGAAGUUUUGAAAUAGUUGAUGACCACAGAUCAGGAAAAAUUGUUGUGAAUUUGUUAGGAAGAAUAAACAAAUGUGCCGUUAUAUCACCAAGAUAUGAUGUUAAGCUUGAUGAAAUUGAGAAGAUUAUUACUAGCAUAUUACCCAGUAGACUUUUUGGUCAUUUAAUUUUAACAACACCCUAUGGAAUUAUGGAUCACGAAGAAGCUAGAAGAAAACAUACAGGAGGAAAGGUCUUAGGUUUUUUCUUUUAA